AUGAAAUGCGUCUUGUUAAAUCAAGUCACUGCGUGUCUUGUGACUGAAUUCGAUCAAAUCUCUGCCUUAGCGAUCGUGAUAAGCAGCGAACUUAAUAAAACACUAGCACAAGGCCUACUUCUGCUUGUGCGUUUAGAGCGAAGGAAGCUGAAGGGAUAG